UCUUAUGAGAGCCAAGUGUGGUGCUAUCAGUGGAAAUGGAAACGACAUUUGCUGUUCCUGUUUGUUCUCUGUCUUUUAUGUGUACAGUAUUCAGCUCUUGGAUGCUCUGAUUGUCGUAUGGUGCUCUCCAACCCCACAGGAAUUUUUACCUCUCCCUGCUUCCCUAGUGACUAUCCCAAUGGUCAAGCAUGCAAGUGGACUAUCAGGGCUCCUUCUGGAUUCAUCAUUCAGAUAACAUUUGUCGAUUUUGAGAUUGAAGAAGCUCCCAACUGCAUCUAUGAUUUUUUAAGACUACAAACUGGAGAUAAACAAGUUACUUUGUGUGGCAUCACUGCCAGAGGCUUAUCAUUUAAUUCAUCUGGGAAUGAAAUGAUUGUAUCAUUUACAAGUGACUUUAGUAUCCAGAAGAGAGGUUUCAAUGCCAGUUACACUCGAGUUGCUGUGUCAUUGAGGAAUCAAAAAGUUGUCAUCCCACAGUUCCUGGAUGUUAAUUAUUUGACUCUGGCAAAUUCCGUUCAAGUACCAGAACUUAACCAGUUCACGUUGUGUUUUGAAGCAACUGAAAACAGCAGCAAUAGCCCUGACUGGAAGGCUUUCUCCUAUGGUGAUUCUUCAUCUACAGAGUUUUUCAGCUUUGGAAAGUCAAAAAGGGGCUACUUCUUAUCUAUUUCAGACACAGAAUGUACGUUAGAUGAUGUACUUGACACGGGCCCAAAUGGAGAGUUCUUCACAGAAGCAUUUGAGCAACUCUGUAUUGCAUGGGAUAGCUUCUCAGGCACUAUAGGUGUUAGUGCCAAGAACACAUAUGAAACAGUGCAUUGUUCAGGUACUUCUGGAAAGGUCAUUCCUGGCAAUGGGAAGUUGGUUCUGGGUUCUGGUGGAAAUCAUAUAAGACCUCUCAAUGGGGAUAUUUACAACUUUCGGCUUUGGAAUUUCACAAUGAGCCAUGAAGCACUUUCCAACCUUAGCUGUGAUGUGAAAGGCAACAUUGUGGACUGGGACAACGACUUCUGGAGUAUCCCAACAUCAGCACUAAAAGCAGAAAGCAACCUGAGUUGUGGUUCAUAUCUUGUCCCCAUACCUUCAAUUGAACCAACUAGCUGUGCACACCUUGGAAGUCUCUGUCAAGCUACUGUAAAUUCCACCACUACAUCACCCACUGUCACCACUAACAUGCCUGAUACUAACAGAACCGAUAAACAAAACAAUGGUGGACUGUUCUACAGAAUUUCCAUUACUGUCUUCAAUGAAAUUGAUGAUACAGAAUCAAAUAUUCAGAAUAAAAUUGCAGAAUGGCUAAAUAUCACCUUUGAGAAUUGGAAUUAUACUGUAUAUGUGGUCAAUAUAAGUAUUCAGUCCAGUGCUGUGAGCAAGGCAGCAAGGGAAAAAAGAAACACAGGACAUCAAAGUUAUGAUGUCCGGGCUCUUUUGGUUUACAAUUCUACCAACAAUAUAAUUUUAGAAAAACAGACCAUCGAGGAUAGACUCAUAAGGAGUAAUUUUUCUAUGAGGAACGGUUUAAGUCUCCGGAAAGUAGAUGUUGAUCCAGUUGAAACAUGUGAAAGCCAAGAAAAUCCUCCAAGUUACUUCUGGAAAGAUACCAGACCAACUGUAACUGAUUUCACACACUGCCAAGGCAGCACCACCCAGAUUGCAUCGAGAAGAUGCUUUCUGAACCUGGAUAAUUACACAUCAUAUUGGGGUGCUCCUGAUCUUAGAAACUGCACAGAAAAUGCAGCUGAUAUAGCCAAUCAACUUCUGAAUCUCAUGGGAGAAGGGCAGCAGUUGACUUCAGACAAAGUUAAUGAUGUCAUUCAGAAACUUAAAAAAAUUGUGAAUGAUGAGGAAAUCAAUGAAUCCCUAGGUUCUACCGUCGUCACAAUAUUUUCCAAUAUUCUAACUAGUUCUGAUAGUGUUUUGGCGGCAUCAUCUUCUGAAGCGAUAAAGACUAUUGAUGCCUUAGCAUUGAAGAUUCAGUUUACAGGUCCUUCCAUGAGUAUCUCAACACGAAAUUUGGCACUUGGCAUUUCAUCUUUGAAUUCAACUUUGUUCCGUGGCUUCUCCUUCAGUGUUGGUUCCCAGAACAAUGCUUCAGACUUGCAGGUUGAUUUUGAUAAAAACCAAGAAAAUGCUUUGGCUUCAGUUGCUUUGCCUCCAAGCUUACUAAACAGUUUAAGUCCAGAAGAUCUUGAUGCUGUAUCCAGGGCUCAGUUUACUUUCUUCAAUAAAAAUGGACUCUUUCAGGAUGCAGAAACUCACUUCAAUUUAACCAGUUAUGUGGUGGCCUGCAGUAUUGGCAAUAUUACUAUCCGUGAUCUCCAGGAUCCUGUGAAGAUUACAAUUAAGCAUACACUUAAACAUGACAAAAUCCAGAAGGCUUCCAGUCCUACCUGUGUCUUUUGGGAUAUGAACAAGAACAAUGGCCAAGGUGGAUGGAAUGAGACAGGUUGCGUAGCACUGAACAAGUCAAACGAAAAUGAAACGGUCUGCUUAUGCAAUCAUCUUACACACUUUGGGGUACUGAUGGACCUGCCAGGAACCUCUUCGCAAAUAGAUCCUGAAAACACCAAAGUCCUCACUUUCAUAACAUACAUUGGUUGUGGAAUAUCUGCCAUAUUUUCAGCUGCUACUCUUCUGACAUACAUUGCUUUUGAAAAAUUGCGAAGAGAUUAUCCCUCCAAAAUCCUGAUGAAUUUAAGCACGGCCUUACUUUGUCUAAACUUGGUCUUCCUCCUUGAUGGCUGGAUUGCAUCGUUUGACAUAGAAGGCCUCUGCAUUGCUAUUGCUGCCUUACUGCAUUAUUUCCUUCUGGCAACUUUUACUUGGAUGGGCUUGGAAGCUGUUCAUAUGUAUAUAGCCCUAGUGAAGGUAUUCAAUACCUACAUUCGCCGAUACAUACUAAAAUUUUGCAUAAUUGGCUGGGGUCUACCAGCACUGGUGAUAAUCAUUGUUCUAGCGAGCACAAAUACAAAUGCAAAUAAUAUUUACAACAAAGAGUACUAUGGCAAGAAUACUAAGGGAAAAAGUGGAGAUGAUUUCUGCUGGAUUAAAGACAAUACUGUGUUUUAUGUGACCUGCGUUGGGUACUUUGGAAUCAUGUUUCUCAUGAACAUUGCCAUGUUUGUUGUGGUGAUGAUGCAAAUCUGUGGGAGAAAUGGAAAAAGGAGCAAUCGGACUAUGCGGGAAGAGAUACUGAGGAACCUUCGUAGUGUUAUAAGCUUGACCUUCCUACUGGGCAUGACAUGGGGAUUUGCCUUUUUUGCUUGGGGACCACUACAUCUCCCUUUUAUGUACCUCUUCUGUAUUUUCAACUCAUUGCAAGGUUUAUUUAUAUUUAUAUUCCACUGUGCCAUGAAAGAAAAUGUACAGAAACAAUGGAGACGACAUCUUUGCUGUGGUAGAUUCAGGCUGGCAGACAACUCAGAUUGGAGUAAAACAGCAACUAAUAUCAUUAAGAAGAGCUCAGACAAUCUGGGGAAGUCCUUGUCUUCCAGUUCCAUUGGUUCUAAUUCAACCUAUCUGACUUCCAAAUCCAAAUCCACAUCCAAUACCUACCUUAAAAGGAACAGUCACUCUGACAAUGUUUUUCUUGACAAGCCUUCACCAAAAUAUAUCCAAGUGGACACAGAGCAAACAUCAAUCAUCCCAGUGCACCAGGUUAUUGACAAAGUGAAGGGGUACUAUGGUACUCAUUCAGACAACUUCUAUAGAAACAUUAUCAUGUCAGACUCCUUGAGCCACAGCACAAAAUUCUGAAUUUCUGGAUACACUGAACAAAAGAAUUCAGCAAACAGCAUGAGGAUUUAGAAUGAUGGAUUUAGUGACUGACAAGAAAAUAAAUGCUACCAAAGCCUUGUGCCUUAUGAAAUUAUAUCUUCGUAUGUAUAGCAACUUUCUACUAAAAGGUGUCCUCCUUUCAUCAACUGCUGGGAAAAUGCAUCUAUUUGUUUCCUUACUUGUACACUAUUGAUAUGCUACCAUCAGGGCUGCACCCCAGUGGCAUAUUGGUUGUAUGUUGAACCCAUCUGUACCUUUGAAAAAAUGAAGGUGGUCCUAAAGCCCAAAACCAAAGCUGGUGUUAGAAGAAACUAAAAGUAUAAUACCAAGCUUUGGAUGCAGUGCUCUUAAAUAUGUAUUUCUCUGUAUGUCUUACAAGGAGUAUAGAUCAUAUAUGGAGAUGGAUGGAUCCAUUCUCCUUGUGUGUUCUGUGAUGGGGUGGUCUGCAUCAACUAGGUGAAACAGAUUUCAUCUCUCCAUCUCUGGAAAGUCAGGAGACCCUCUGGAAAAUAUUAGGCAGGAGAGCCUGAAGUUGCACGGUCUGUUUACACAUUGGAUAAACCCUCCAGCCCACAUCAUGCAAGGCAAGGAAAUGCUUAUCAGUGAAUUAAUAAAUGCAUGUACUUAAUAGUGCAAAGCAAAGCUGUGUACAGAUGAGGUGACUUUAAUUUUGUUUGCAAAGUCUGGGCCUUAUUUAUAACUUGGUGAAUGGCAAAAACCUCUUAUCAGCUGGGGUGGUGGGAGUGCUUCUCUUGUUUUUGUGCUUGAUAAAGAGCUUUGUGCAACAUGAACUUUUGAAUGGUCUUGGACCUAAAGUAAAUUGUCCAAUACAACAUCUCACUUUUCUGUAAUUCCUACUUUUAACCAUUAUCAAUUGAGAGAUUCUGUGCCAGAUACCACAUCCUAUGCAUGAACCUUCAUUGAAUACAGUAAUGGAUGAAAUUUAUACCUACCCUGCCAUAUUCAGGAUCUCAUUAUCAUCUAAGGGUUACAUUCAUGGAAGCACCAGGCUGGAACAUGAGCAAAGACUCCUCUGCUGAUUCCAGCUCUUGUCCAUUAUGUGCCUAGACUACAUGUGUCUUGGCUAUUGGAGGAAGUAGUGCAGUCCACUGCUGUGCAUUCACCGACCAACACAUACAACAGGGUGCACAUUCACACAUUUUGCAAGUGUGCUAGUCAAGAAGUCCAUGUGUACUCAGUUGGCUCAGUCCACCAAAAGAAUUGAGGCAUUCACACACACUUUUCUAUUUUAUUGUUCUGUAAAACACAGGACUCAUAUUACCGUCCUUGGGAAGCCUGCACAAAAGCAUUUACAUUUCUUACCUACAUUUAUAUAUAAUGUUCUGAAUUACAGCCUAUGGUUGCAAUAGAUAUACUUAGAUGUACAGAAGUCAGUGUGCGUAAUCUUUCUAGAAAAUGUAUGUUGUGGUAUUCAUUGUUGUUUAAUCUUUGCAGAAGAUGUAUGUUGUGGUAUCCAUAGUGGUUUAUAUAAAUUUUCCACUGGACUAAUGUUAAAAGGGUUAAAAGAAAUUUCUACCAGUCAGAGGCAAAGCUUGAUACCAGGUUUGCCACUCCUCAGUUCCCUUACUAUAACCUUUCCAGUUUUACUUCCUUGUUUAGUUCUUCAGAGAUUUACUGCACAAUCAUCUACAUGUCUGACCAAUAAGAUUUACUCUAAGUCCUGCAGGCCCAGGACUUACUAAGUGGUCAGUCACACAUUCCAUCAUGUUAACUGUUACUGUUCUCUGCAUGUGCUUCCCUUCAAUAUAAAUUACGAGAUUUUUACAAUCAAUUGCAGAACUUCCUUUUGCAUUACAUCUGCUUAAGAAUGAGGACUUUUCAUGUGAGUAGCUCAGACUUGUACAGAGGUCACCUGAAAUAGGAACCAUUUUCUGGCAAUAGUGACCCAUGCCUUGAUUACAAUAUGGUUAGACUAUUGCAAUGGACUCUGGGGCUCCCCUUGAAGACUAUUCAGAAGGUUCAGUUGGUGCAAAAUGUUGCAGCUAGGCUGCUAAUCAGUGUAUAGUACUAUGGAUACACCACCCUUAUACAGAAAGAUCUCCAUUGAUUGCCAGUUUUCCAGGUUCGAUUCACGGUGUUGGUUUUAAGUUUGAAAGCUCUAAUUGCUGCAUUUCCUGGCUGUCUGCAGGACCAUCUAUCUUGUCAUGUACCUGCACACUUACUAAGCCAGGCACACUCACUCUUGCAGAGGCCUAUUUGCUGAGCAUGCUGGAAAGAGCUUUCUCCUGUGUUGUUCCCAAGCUCCAGAACAGGCUCCCUUUAGAAUUAAGUCUUGUCCACUCUGUGUUCCAGAACAGGGUUAAGGCAUGUCUUUUUCACUUGGCUUUUUACAUUGUUAUAGUUUAUGCUAGGAGUAUUUUUAAUGUUUUACUAUGUUUUUAUUGGAUUUAGGUUUUUAUUUUCUGAACUUUUUGUAAAUUGUCUUGGUUUGUUUUGGUAAGUCAGUAUAGAAAUGCAAUAAUUUAGUCCUAUUUAGAAUUCAGUUGAGCUAAACUGGGGUGAGCAACUUGUGACUCUACAAUGUUUGGGCCUACAAUUCCCAUCAUCCUUCACCAUCAGUUAUGCUAGCUGAUGGAAGAUAGCUAGUUGCCUGCCUUUACCUAAGCUAAGUACUGCAUCCCAAAUGGAUUGUGGAUCUGAAUGUGAACUGACUUCUCAUGAUAUCAAAUUAUGCAGAGUCUGAUGUAAUUAAAUAUUUCAAGGAGAGAUAAGAACAUUUUGUAUGUGGACCCUGUAUAUGAGCAUCUCCUUUUUAAUAGUUUUCAGAAAGCUUUAGUGUAAUAUUUCCUUUAGGUUAAAAAUAGAGGUCAAAAAAGGGCAAACAAAUGUGUCUGAAAAAUUAUAAAUUAAUACAAUUUAAUAAGGCUUGAGUAAGGCUUUAGAACAAGUAGAAUUAGCUAUUGCCUGACUAUUAUUGUACAGUUUGCCUAUAUUUUCACUAAAUUAAGGCUAUCUGUUGCUUUUACUACCAUGUAGUAGUCUUAAACAAUUUCAGUCAUACAGUUUCCACUGCUGUUUCUUCUGUCACAUAUGUUUUCAGUGUAAAUCCAUGGUUUUCGUGUUGGCAUAGCACCUGCCUCCCUUGUAUAUACUUAUUUAUUUUUGAGGUUGAAAUUAUGCCAGCAUAGUGUUUAGCUGCAUACUGGCUAAUCUUGUGAUAUAUUCAUCCAUUUCACAAUAGGAAAGGAAGAAAACUCAUGUCAAAUAUAUAUAUGUGAAUUGUAUUUUCUAUGUGAUGUGUAUUGUGUAUUAUAUUGUUUAGCAGUAUGAGGGAAAUGGUGAUGUAACUUCAAAUCCAAGUUAUAAGGAACUAGUGAAGGAAAUAUAGAGUCUGACCAAACCAGAAAUAUGAAAAAGUACUCCAGUAGUUAGUAUUCUGAACAAUUAAAGGUUAAAAAAUUG